AUGAUCACGUAUUUUCCUGGCUAUAAACAUCCUGUCAUCGGACCUGAAGUAACCUUACAAAGGUUGGUCAUCGAACAGGUCAUGGCACUAAGCGCGCACUCGCUCCGAGUGUCUUGGAACAAACCCAGAUACGUGGGAGGCAUUCUGGGAUGGUUCACCGUCUCCAUUAGGCCCUACAUUCAAGGCUCUGGCACCAAGCCAGAGUGGCGGCAUGUGGCCAACGUAAACGCAGACUCUGGAUCUCACUGGAUCUCCGGCUUGGAGCCCGACACGCGCUACGAAGUCACUGUUCGUGGUUACGUCCUGCCCAACGAUGAGGGACAGGGCGGAGGCUACAACGAAUACGCCUUACCCAAAAUUGGUUUAACGUGGCCUUCCGUCCCUGGUGUUCCGGCGAACUUUCAACGUUCUGAACCAGCAUCCGGUCCAAGGCAGACUACAGCCAAACCAAACGGCGACACCGCCAACAUCACCGCUUACGUGACAGCAAAGGAGGCGAACCCGGAGGAACCCAGUGUGACGCACGCUGCCAAGACGCAUGCUAAUUCGUCCGUUGAAAUCAAGCCAUACGCACGCAACUUUACAGAUGUUCGUGCUGCUACUGCAGCCAAUGAACACGAUCAAGGAGGUGAAAUCGGUCAACUUCGCGCAACAAAGCCAAUGACGACCAAUGAAACUGGUGAUGCAAAUGCCAACACAAGACUGUCGUCUGGAGCGACUGCUGGAAUUGUCAUUGCGUGUUUAGUAGCCGUGGCAGUUGUGGUCACUGCCAUUGUACUCACAGUUCGAAAAGCACAAAAGAAGUUCAUCAUCGACGCCGAUGUCUACUACAACGGGAUCGUUAACGACUCUGUAUGCGUUCGCAAUAGUGAGCUCGACCUGCGAACCGACGCUUUUAACACCUUCCUCCUGCUUCCACCCCUUCCCGCCUACGACUCAACGCGAUAUACACUGCCACUAAUAAUACACCAUGCAGUGUAUUUCACCUUGAGUAAUGAAAGCACACGAGUCGUCAACUGCCGCCAUCAUGAUUGCUUUGCCGCUCAAGUCAAAACAGUAAUAGGCCUGUACUCCAUCGCUCCUCUCUAUCUACCUCGAGUUGUGCUAUUUCAUAAGGAAUUCACGCUUAACUGGCAAGUUGCAUCAGCCACCGCACUUGUCCAUUUCUCUUCGCUUCACGACACUACUCAGGAUGACUGCGCAAUCUCCUGGGCCACUUCAAUUCCUCAGUAUCUGGAGCACUAA